CGGCCACAUCCAUAUGCAUUCCACACCUGCAAGAAGAUAUAUACCUCCACGAGAGUGUUCAGAAAGUGAAGUCACUAUAAGUGGUCGAGAAAUGUCAGGAGUGUUUGUGCAAGAAUGUUGGAAAGACAUGUCAUUGCCUGGACCAUCCACAAGUGAUUUUCAGAAUCAACAUAUUCAGAAGGCCGAUAUCACUACCAAAGAGGCGAGCAGCUUCAUAAAUCCUUUUGACUUAACAAUAGAUGUCACUGAAAAUGUCGACGAGGAUGACCAAACCACUGAUGAUGAGGAUUAUGAACCAAGUUUCGACAUCACUCUCAGGGAAUGUGGGCAGGUGUUUUGCACCACGUCGUUGGUGAGCAUUCGUGGGGUAUUCCAUACACAGAUGAUGGAGUUGCUGAAUGUUCACAUGGCCCCUUGUCUGAUGUUGAAGCUGUAGGAAAGUCUCUGGAAAAGGGCAGUACAGCUCACAACACACUGAGGAAGGUUAAUUGUGCUCUACAAACCAUU